AUGACAUCGGAAUCAGAACUUGAACUAUGUCUGUAUUCAAAUGAAACAGGUUUCAUUGGAAAACUUUCAUUAACUACAUCGGAUGAAACUCUUCUCUCGAAGUUAAAGGUUGCAACGAUAGUUGUUCUUGAUCGUUCUGGUUCGAUGGGUAAUUUUGUUAGCCGAUUUGUCAAUCGAAUUUUACCGCGAAUCUUCAAAACUUUGGACUAUGCUAACGAUCAAAUUAUUACAUUAAUUACAUUUAACGAUAAUGCAAAUAAGUAUACUAUACCAGUUAAAGAGCUACCUAAGUUCAAGAUUCAAUCUCAAGGUUGUACUUAUAUGGCACUAGCCAUUUCAAUACUAAUUCAAACUAUUCUAAUUGAAUUACCAACAGACUGUCAUGCUCUACGAUUGUUAACAAUAUCGGAUGGUGAUGUAGCUGAUCAAGAUCGAGUUCAAAUAGAAGCAACUCAAUUGACUUCAUUGAUCAAAAAUGAUUUUAUCAUUAAUUCGCAAGCUGUUCGACUAUUUAUCUCUACAGCUCAGCCUGAUACAAGAGCAGUUUCAAAUUUAAAAGCAAACCUAAGUAGUGAAGAAAUUUCGACAACAGUUGUCAAUUUAUUUUCUAGUGAUAGUCUUAAUCGACGUGCAUUAUUCAAAUCGGCCGAACCAAUAUUGAAAAGUACACCAUGGCAAAUGAACGAUUCAGACGCAAUCUCUUUGACACUCGGUGAAAAUUUAUUCUGGUUAAGCAAAUUAUCAACAGACAAAUUAACUAUUGCUCAACAAGCUGAGUAUUUACGUACAAUGGAUAUAUCAUCGAAGAAUGCACGCGGUUUAGCACGACGUGCUAUUGCAUAA